CCAAACUCCAAUCAACAUGUUCCGCUUCAUCGCCAUCUGUGCCCUGGCCACCAUCGCCGCCGCUGCACCAGGAUUCGUUGAGCAGCACCAUGUCGGCCAUGUGGUGGCCGCUGCUCCCGUCCUCACCAAAGUGGGCGCCGUCGUGCACAGCGCCCCGGUGGCCACCUCCCACCAGAGCUUCACCCAGUUCCACAACCAGGCCGUGAUCACGCCAGUCGUGAAGCACGUGGCUCCCGUGGUGCCCGUUGUGAAGCAGGUUGCUCCCGUGGUGCACCACCAGACCUAUUUGGCCGCGCCCGCUGUCCACCAUGUGGCGCCUGUUGUCCCAGUGAUCAAGUCUGUGGCUCCCGUUGUGCACCAGACCUAUGUGGCCGCCCCCGCUGUCCAGCAUGUGGCUGCUGUGCCCGUCUUCAAGGCCGUGCCCCAUGCCGUCUCCCACCAGAGCCACGUCCAGAUCCACCAGAAGGCCGUCAUUGCCACCCCAGUGCUGAAGACCAUCGCCACCCCAGUGGUGCCUGUGGUCAAGACCGUUGCCGUGGCCGCCGCUCCCCUCACCCAUGUCUACCAUCACUAAGGAAUUAUCUCUGGGUAACUCUCUCCGUUCCGUUCCGAUUGUUGGCUAUUUGAAUAAAUUUAUUGUUGAAAUUUCAAUUGUCAAAUGGA